GCGGCUGGUUCUGCUCCGGAUCUGAGAGAGGGGCGGUAGCCAUUGUGCUUCUCUGCGGGCUGCUUUGCCUCAGUUAGAGGCCUAGAACUCCGAGGAGGAAGGCAGUGCUGCGGUCGUUGCGAGAGGGACGCGCCUUAUUCGUUGCCAGCUCGGGAGCAGGGGAAACUUUAAGAAUGGAGUCUAAACCUUCAAGGAUCCCAAGAAGAAUUUCUGUUCAACCAUCCAGCUCUUUAAGUGCUAGGAUGAUGUCUGGAAGCAGAGGAAAUAGUUUAAAUGAUACCUAUCACUCAAGAGACUCUUCAUUUAGACUGGAUUCUGAAUAUCAGUCUACAUCAGCAUCAGCAUCACCAUUUCAGUCUACUUGGUAUAGCGAAUCUGAGAUAACUCAGGGAGCACGCUCAAGAUCACAAAACCAGCAACGGAAUCAUGAUUCAAAAAGACCUAAACUUUCCUGUACAAACUGUACAUCUACCUCUGCUGGGAGAAAUAUUGGACAUGGUUUAAAUGCUGUAUCAGAAUCUUCUUGGAGGCAUAAUCAAGUUCCUAGAUCUUCAUCAAUGGUACUUGGAUCAUUUGGAACUGACUUGAUGAGAGAGAGAAGAGAUUUAGAGAGAAGAACAGAUUCUUCCAUUAGUAAUCUUAUGGAUUAUAGCCACCGAGGUGGUGAUUUCACAAAUUCAUCAUAUAUUCAAGACAGAGUUCCUUCUUCAUAUUCACAGGGAGCAAGACCAAAAGAUAACUCAGUGAGCACUUUACAGUUGAAUACAUCAUCCACAAACCACCAGAUGCCUUCUGAACAUCAGACUGUACCAUGUUCUAGGGACUCUAAUAGAAAUUCUCUACGGUCAAAUUUUUCUCCAAGAGAAUUGGAAUCUCCCCAAAGCAGUACACAGCCUGGAUUUUCUUAUCUUUCAAAUAGAGAUGAAGCCUCAACCAUAAGCAGUUCAGAUAGGGUUGGUUCAUCUCAAAGAUCAUUUCAAGACUCUUCUGACAACGAAGGUAGACGUUCAACCAGAAGAUUGCUGUCACGUAUAGCUUCUAGUAUGUCAUCUACCUUCUUUCCCCGAAGAUCUAGUCAGGAUUCCUUGAAUACAAGAUCAUUGAGUUCUGAAAAUUCCUAUGUUUCUCCAAGAAUCUUGACAGCUUCACAGUCUCGUAGCAAUGCAGCGUCAGCUUCUGAUGUUCCCGAUAGUAGGGCAUCUGAAGCUUCUCAGGGAUUUCGAUUUCUUAGGCGAAGAUGGGGUUUGUCAUCUCUUAGCCAAAAUCAUAGCUCUGAGCCUGAUUCAGAAAAUUUUAACCAAGAAUCUGAAGGUAGAAAUACAGGACCAUGGUUAUCUUCCUCACUUAGAAAUAGAUGCACACCUUUGUUCUCUAGAAGGAGACGAGAGGGACGAGAUGAAUCUUCAAGGAUACCUACCUCUGAUAUACCAUCUAGAUCUCAUCAUAUUUUUAGAAGAGAAUCAAAUGAAGUGGUUCACCUUGAAGCACAGAGUGAUCCCCUUGGGGCUACUGCCAGCAGAUCACAAGCAUCUGCAGCAUCGAGUAGUGCUGCUACGGGUGGCUCCACAUCAGAUUCAGCUCACAGUGGAAGAAAUACAGGAAUAACAGGGAUCCUUCCUGGUUCUUUAUUUCGAUUCGCAGUCCCCCCAGCACUUGGAAAUAAUUUGACCGACAAUGUCAUGAUCACUGUAGAUAUUAUUCCUUCAGGUUGGAGUUCAUCUGAUGGAAAAAGUGAUAAAACUAAAAGUGCACCUUCAAGAGACCCAGAAAAACUGCAGAAAAUAAAAGAGAGCCUCCUUUUAGAGGACUCUGAAGAAGAAGAAGGUGACUUAUGUAGAAUUUGUCAGAUGGCAGCUGCAUCAUCAUCUAACUUGCUGAUAGAGCCGUGCAAGUGCACAGGAAGCUUGCAGUAUGUUCACCAAGAUUGUAUGAAAAAGUGGUUACAGGCCAAAAUUAACUCUGGUUCUUCAUUAGAGGCUGUAACCACCUGUGAACUCUGUAAAGAGAAGUUGCAGCUUAACCUGGAGGAUUUUGAUAUUCAUGAACUACAUAGAGCUCAUGCAAAUGAACAAGCUGAGUAUGAGUUUAUCAGCUCUGGUCUCUACCUAGUUGUGUUAUUGCACUUGUGCGAACAAAGCUUUUCUGAUAUGAUGGGAAAUACAAAUGAACCAAGCACACGUGUCCGAUUUAUUAACCUUGCAAGAACUCUUCAGGCACAUAUGGAAGAUCUCGAAAGUAGGUGGAAUUUCCCCUUCCCAGACUUGUUGAAUUUCUUUUGCAAAUUAAAUCCACAGACCAAAACCUUACUGUAUACACUUUCUACCAAAUUAGGGCUUCAUUUAUAGGCGUAGUAAUACCAUAAUAACUGAUUUGGGAAAGAUGGGUUGGGCAACUGACCUUUUUCAAAGCAUAUUUUUAAAAAAUAAUAAUUUUAAGGUACAGAAGGAUAUAUUUUAACUAGUGUUUUAUUUAAAAUUUUUAUUUUUGAUCGCCUUAAUUUUAAUCAAAAAGAAAACUUCUGGUCAAACCACACUUCUAAAUCUGUUAGGUGUGUGUGAGAGAGAGAGAGAAAUUUUGUUAUUCAUCUUUGUUAGAUCAUUAAAAGUUUUCCCUGGGUUUAUAUAUAGUUCUAGGAAAAUAGGGGUGAAAGAUUCCUAGUUCUGAGUCCGUAACAGAAGCCAUAGUUUUUUUUUUGCUCCUUGUUCAGGUCCUCAUGGACCUUUAAUAGGCAGCCAGCUCCGACAGCAACUCCAAUCUCUUAAGAUCACGUUCCAGCAUUAGGACUUCUGCCUGGGCUCCCAUGUGAAGGCACUUAAUGCCCAAAUCUUUACAGGCAUCUGCACAGCUUAACCUCAAAGUCCUACAACCUCCAGGGUGCUUCGUACCAGGUGGGCACAGAUAUUGGUGGCUCUGAAACAGUUCCUGGGAAUUCAAGAUUACCCUACCUAUUGUACUUUUUCACCCAAAGCAACUGGCUCCCCACGAUCAGAUUCCAUUACACUCUUUGAAGUGUUUUAAAAUAUAUAUUCUCCACUUGAUUAUUUUCUGUACUCGUCUUAAAAACACUUGUGGAGUGUUACCUGUAGUGUGCGUGUUUUUUUACCUUUAGGGAAAGCUCAGCAUCCUUUGAAGUAAAGUUUGAGAAGGACUUGGGUCUUCAUGAGAGCCUUUUAAUUCCUAGAAUAUUCUAAGACAUGGGUUGUUGUCAUUAAGUUUGUACUAUUUUUAAGUUUUGAAAGGAUUAGAGGUACAACCAGAUGCCUUUUCACAGUCUAGUAUGUGUGAAAAUGGUAUAUAAAGGAGUCUGGUAUAUAAAGUAGGAAUUCAUUUGGUGUACAUCUUUUUUUUCUUUUAUAUAAACUUCUUCACAUCCCUUAUGUUACCUAACACAAAGAUCUCUUUUAGCAAAUUAUAAUUCAUACUUUGCCAGAUGUGAUGGUAGUAAUUUGUUUUAGUUGAUAGUAAUAUUUUCCCCAGAUUGCUUUACUUUUUUUUAAACUAACAUUUAGUAGUUUCCUAAACAUAGCAGUGUCUACUGCCAACAUGUAAGAAAGACGGAGGUGAAAUAUACCCAGAUUCAGCUGAGAGUAAAAGCUGUUGUGGGUGCUACAAGCUUACUCCUAAGUACCAGAAUAUUAAUGUAUUCUAAAAGUUGGUUCUCACUGAAUUUUCUUCUCUUGUGGAGUUAAUUGAAUAGAAAACAUGAGAAGUUCUCUGAAAAACUGUUUUAUUUCUUAGUUUGAUAUUUCUCCAUAAUAUAGCAUAAAACUUAACCAUAGGAUUUACUCAUUCAUGAGCCAAGUAUAUGCUUGCUAUCAUUUACUAAAAAUGGAUUGAAGAUUUCUGCAAGAUAAAUUGAAACAUGAAAACUUAAGUUUCAUCCAUACAUGUAGGAUGUUUUUGUUGAUUCCAUUUGUUGGGUGCUCUUAAAUAUUGGGUCUAAUAUUAAUACAAGAAGAGUAUACAUUUAACCUUUCUGCCCUUGAUAAUAGGGGAAAUGCUGGUUGGGUGUUUAUUUUAGUGAAUUCCAUUUUCCUCAACACAUAACAGUUUAGAGAAUCCAUAGUUUUAUACUUAGGUCCCUCCUAUAGACAUUCCAGGAUGUUUAUUUUAAACUUCUGAGCUACUACAAUGGCUCUUAAAUUGAGGUCAGAAAUGUUACAAACAUGAUGUUUCUGACAAUGUAGAGGCAUAGGAAUAAUCUCAAAAGUUUUUUACUAAAUCCAAUUGUUUUAACUUAGGCUGUGUCUAUAUAAAAGCUUUUUGGACUAAAUAGAGCUUUUUCUUGGCAUUGUAUAGACAUAGCUUUGAUGUAAAUUGCAAGAAUACCCAUAACCUAUUCUGUGUACAUUUUUUUUCAUUCUCAUCGGAUGCAUCAAACAUGCAGCGGUAAUAAACCAGAUUCUACUCAGGUGUGUGAGAGCACUUGCCUUAAGUUCAUUUUUUUCUCUAGUGUCUAAAUCAUUAGCUACUGUGAACACAGGCUGAUCUCAGAAGCUUUUUAGAAGACGUUCUUGAAGCACAUUUUUAAGCAUUCUCAUUUUUAUAAAAACUAACAUAAAAAGAUGUGGGGGUGGGAGCAUUAUGGAUGGGCAUCACCCACAGUCAAACCACCCCUAACCCUGUCAUAACUUAUCAUUUGACCAAACAGAAUACUAAAUUGGGUUUUUUUAUUUUACAAGUCAUUGCUGUUCUGGCUUCAUAUUUACACAUCCAUUCUCAUCCCCCUUAAAAUCAUUCUUGAUCAUCCUGUUUUCUUUCAACAGCUUCAGAGGAUGAUUCCGAAGAAGAUGGAGACCAUAACAGAACAUUUGAUAUUGCCUAACUUCAUAUAAGACAAAUGGAUGAUCUGUGAACAAGUGUUUAUUAAAACUGGCAAUUACGUAUGAUUUAAUUUUGUGGGGAAUG